AUGAACACGCUCCUGCUGGUUCUUGCCGUUGGCGUGUCGUUGGUCAACUCACAAGAGUGUUCGAGUCCAGCCGGUACGAAAAAGGCUUUUGGCAAAUACUUGACAUGCAUUAAGAGAAUGCUGGAUGAUGAUUAUGGUGUUUACGAAGAAGAAAUUAGAGAGCACAAUAGGAAAGCUGCGGCCGCAUGCUUCGCUCCAACAAUUGCGGCAGCAAAUACUAAAGAACGCUGUGUUCUGGCGACGUCCGAUCUUGAGCAGAAAGCUUGGGAUCGAAAUGGACCACUACGCGAUUGUUCUAUCUGCAGAACGUUUGCGGCUGGUGCAAUCAAGGCGAUACUGUCAACACCACCUGACGAGCAACGGUGUAUUCGUAAUGAAGUGACCAAAGCAGUGGCCAGAGAGGCUGACUAUUGUCUC